UAAGAAUAUGUGUUGGAGUCGCUCUGCGAUCUCGGGGGAGGAGGGGGGAAAACCCACAAUCGACUUGUGACCACACAAGAAAGUUCAACGCAUGUACUUGCGGUUACGCAGGGGUCGAUCGAUGUGCAAUAGUCAGGUUUCGCGUUAACGAGUCGCUUUUUCUGGGCGGCGUGGCUACAGGCGGAGGUGGAGCGCGCGCGAUGGACGACGCGGCAUCGUUCGCGGAGUUGUUGACCUCUCUCAAUGAGAUGGUGGAGCAGCGGCUGCAGGAGAUGGUGCGCGAGGUGGAAGAGAAGCACUUCGUCUGGCUCGAUGAGAUUCUGGGAGAGGCCAAAGGACGCUUCUGCUGCGGAGAGCCUGAGUUAUUGCCAAAGACACCGUCAGCCAAGAACCGCCAAAAGAAACGCAAGUCCCUUCUCGUUAAAGACCCCAGGAAAUGCUCGUGGGGGUCCGGCCGCAGAAGCAGUGCUCGCCGCUCACUCCUCAAGACACACCCUUACCCGGUGCUUGCGUCCCUCACAGAGAGGGGAACAGCAUCACCCUUGGUCAAAGCUGCCACACAGGCCACGCCGCCGGGCGAGCCGGUACUAGCCAUUGUCACUGGCAAAGUCGAGUUGGCUGUGGCAUCUGCGAAGGAGAAGUUUGUCUUACAAUGUAAUGACGGUAGUGGCAGUAGUGACUUGGAGACGCAGGUGGGACCUGGAAAAGUCAACGAACCAGAGUCGAGUGAAGUCGCAGCAGUGGAGCCUGGCUUUGACAAUAUCUGCCGCACCCUGAUGAAGGAUUUCACCAGCCUGACUGAUUCACCUACCCCUCAGCCCACAGAAAAUGCUGACAAGGUCCCAGAGCGACUGCAGGUGAAGAAAAAUGAAGUGAAGCAGGAGGAGAGACCCCACUGUACCCUCACGAGGUUGCAGAAGAAGAAAUCGGAGAAGAGUACAGCAGAGAAAGAACAACCACAGAAGAAGCUGGCCAAGGUUUUGCGGAACGCAUCCAUGCGGUCGAUGCGCAGGAACCCCACGACCCCCACCGGCAAAGACAUCGUUGCAACUCCCACGAAGGCUCCACUAACGAGCACACGAAGCAGCCCUGCCGUGAUGUCCACCACCCCUUCGGCCCACUGCUCUUCAACCCCGAGCGCGAGAGAGACUGGAAACGAUGCAGAUGCGAUGCAAGUAGUAAGGAGACCCAGCCUCAAGCGAGCCCUGCUCAUCGGCUUCAACACCACCCCGAUGAAAUCACCGCCCAGGAAGAGACUUCAGACCAUCCCAGCCAAGGUGCUCAAGCGUGCAGUGACUUUUGCAGAGACCGGGCCACGCAGCUUUGUGAGCCAGAUUUGCAAGGUUUUUUCACCAGGGAGGCCACUCCUGGUUGGGCAUCCCGCAACCCCCAAGGCCAUUGUCAAGCCCGACGCCCUGCGCAAGGCUGACUCCAAGGAGAGUGAGCGGCAAGCGUUGGCUGACCAGCUGAAAAAGAAGCAGGAGAUGGAUGAAGAGCGCAAACGCAAGGCCGAGGAGACCAAGAAGCAGAAGCUCGAGGAGAUGAAGAAGAAGCGUGAGGAGCGGCAGCAGAAGGCUCGUGAGAAGAUGGAACAGCAGGAGCUCAAUAAGAAGAGGAAGGCCGAGGAAAAAACGGAAAAGGAGGAGGAGGAGCGACUGCGCAAGGCAAACGAGGCGAAGAAGCUCCCCAAGACUCCCGUGCCCCUGCUCAGGGCUGUCAAGACCACCUUAAAUCCUGGAUCCAAAAUGCUUCUCAACCAAUCGAUAAAGCAGCCGCAGAUGGUGGACAGCCCACAGACGUACGAGAUGACCCCACAAUCCGCCACGGUGCCCAAGCCGCCUCAGAUAAUAGGCGAAAACUACGGCAUAGACCUGGAGAGCGGGGACUCGACAGAUGACGAGCGCUCGCCCAAGAAGUCCAUCCCACUCUGGGCCACAGACCAGAACCUGGCGCACACCCUCCAGGAGCAAUACGCCACCCCGCCCAACCUCGACGAACUGUUUGAUGCGAUCGAAGUACCUGACCUGGAGGUGAUCUUCAACAAGCGCAAGAAGUGUUACGUCAGUCGUUCCAGCUCGGCCAACUGGAACUCGCCCCCGCUCAAGAAUACCAGGCUUGGCAUCCUGGGACACUAGUGGGGAGCGUGGGCUGUCAAAGCGCAGCGCUGCGCACGCGACAGCGGGCCGGUUGGGCUUGGUGAUAGGGCUAGCAGUAGGGGCUGCUCAUAUCACGUCUGGUUGGCUGGCAGGCGCAGGGGUAGGGUCUGGUUUCGGCAUGUGACAAUUCACCCGCCGGCCAUGAUUAGAUUUGAGAAAUUAUAUUUUGACUUUGCCUAAGUGUAAUACUGGCCUGUCAACUGCAUAUAAUAAAAAAAAUGCUUUUUAAAAAUCCUAAGCUUCAUUUGUGAGCAUAAUAACAUUUUAAUUGAUAAAUCGGUGCAUUGUUACUUGCAUAGUCUGGAUGGCCCUUUGGGUGUAGUUUAUGACUUGGGAUACUGCUAGGGUCUCGUUGACUAUUGUAACUGGGUUAGAAGUAAGGUUAGUGCUGUGGUUAGUGUUAUGGUUAUGGCUAGUGUUGGAGUUUGAAGGUCUAGUUGGAUAGGAUCAGAUCCGCUGGUGUGCUCCAUUCAUGUAAUAGGGUUCCCUACCUCCCCCUCCUGUUGCCAAGCGUGCACUUUUAACUUGUGUUCUCAGCAGAGGUGUGGACUCGAGUCAUGUGACUUGGACUCGAGUCAGACUCGAGUCAUGAAUUUGAUGACUUCAGACUCGACUUGGACUUGCAUAACAAUGACUUUGUCCCACCUCUGAGGUGUGGACUCGAGUCAUGUGACUUGGACUCGAGUCAGACUCGAGUCAUGAAUUUGAUGACUUCAGACUCGACUUGGACUUGCAUAACAAUGACUUUGUCCCACCUCUGGUUCUCAGCACCUGAUAAUUGUCCCAUGUUACUGCUGCCCCCUUGGAGAUCUCCUGAUUUACACAAUGAGACUCUCGUGUACAUUCACGAACAUUCGCCAAUACACAGUCGCUACUUGGUGAUUCACAUUCGGGGGUUGUGCUGUUAAAACAAUAUAAAUGUGUGAUCGAGUUAAAACAAAAUCUAUUUUUAUGAUGAAUUUUGCUGAAGCGACACGUUGCACGUGCAAUGCUUGAGCCCGAGGACUCAAUUGCGACGGUUUUUGUGAUGUUUUCCCCUCGUUUUGUGACACCAGGCCAGCAUCUGUCUUGCUUUAGAACUGCAAAUGAAACCUCGGACACUGUUGGCAGUUGCACAGGAGCCACUGUUUGAAAGUAUACAGCACUGUGAUCCUGCUGUUACAGAUUAUUUUGGGAAUGCAUUUUGGGUAAUGCUCGUUCUUCUGAGCGGAUGGUCGGAAAUUGUAAUUCUAAAUACAAGUCACAAUCUUUUGCAUGCCUUCUAUACUUUGUUCAGAGGGGCCAUUGAAUGAAAUGUUAUCUGAAUAUAGAUGUUUCUCUUGUAAGCCAGUGUUAAUAAGUCAUUUAAGCAUCAUCUUCACUCGCACUGGUUCUUGCCAAUUGAUAGGCAGGCUUAAGGUGUGAGCAGUCACAUGUAAGUUACUGCCUUAAAUCACUUGUAAACAGAAAUUAGUCGUGGUCAAGAAGGAUUUUUGUUUAUUAAAGCUUAUGCCAAAGUUAAAUCUAAAAGCUAGUCCGGUUUCCCAGCUAUAAAUAUUCCAAAAUGUACCGUUUCACAAUCACCAUUGAGAGAAAUAGGGUUGUAUUUUCAUUGCAGACUCAACCCGUACCAUUUUGUGCUGCCAAAAUGCUUUCAAUAGGCGUAAUUGGCCUCUAGACUUUUAGACGCAACAAAAACUGCAGUUCUUUAGAGCAGGAGGUGGCAGUUUGUGUCCAACGUUGACGCACAGUGCCGCCCCUCUACCCACAAUGCACUGCUGUUGUUUGACGUAGUUUUAACUUCUGUGCUGGCAUCUUAAGGUUAGUUUGGCAAUGCAUAUUUAGAUGUAUUCCACCUUGACCGGGUGCCUUAUACGCAGGGUAUCGGCAAAAUCCAAAAACUCUUGCUCACUCUGCGCUUGGGCUUAGGCUCUGCACAACUGGACCGUUUAUUGGCUAACAGUACCAGAAAAUGAUGCGCAUUAACAAAUAAUGCCAUUACUGCAUGUCAGAAUUGAGCAUGUAAUUAAUGUUCUCUUUUUGCUUCAUCUUUGGCAAAGUUCCUAAAACCCCUCCCCGCCCCCCCAUCCACCCCCCAUUAGUGCAGGAAGGAAUGCGAUGUACUGUAUUACUGUCGGUGUGCCUGUAAACGCUUGCUCAGGGCUUCCCAGACUGCACUGUUUGGUGCGAGACAAAUUGUCAACAGUAUUAAGGUCUGGAAUGUGUGCAGGCUUACAUCGCAGUGAAGGUUGGAGGACAUUAAAGGUGAAGUGAGAACUGGAGUUUGGGCAGCCCUGUCUUAAUCACUGCCUCUUAUGCAGGAUUGUGGUGAAUAUUUAGUUUGACGUUUUGUACAGAAAUGCAUAAUGAAUGUGUUGGUGUAAUGCUUUGCUGCAAUGCCUUGUAUGGUACUUUAUUUACCCUUAACCAUGGACACGUUGAUGUGCCGUUGGUCACUUGGAAAACCUCCUGUCUGUAAAAUUAUUACUUUUAAAAUAUAUUCGCAAUUGUAAAUUGCAUUCAUAGCAGCCUCGUUGACAGGUGGGGUCGAAUCAGUCUACAAUUGGAGAUUUGUGUUAACCCACUCGUGUUCAUAUAUCACCUCGCCAUGAGAAUUAUGUCUGUCACAGAAACUGCUUUUGAAUUUCCCUAACGCCGUGUGCCACUAUGCUCAACCUAGAUUGCAUCACCCUUAAUCCUUCACCCCCCCCCCCCCCCGAGCUGCUAAACUCGCCACUCUCCGACCUUGCCGCCUCACGACAACUCAGUCCUCGAAGUCUCCUCCCAAUCGAUGAAAGUGAUUAAUGUGAGCGGCAUUAUCAAAACGUCUUAAAAGGAACCAGUGCCAAAGCAACAGAGGCGAUGGCAACUGUUUGGGCAUUGAUCAUCACAGCAGACUGAAUUUGCAUCUCUCAUUCACAAUGUGUGCCACGGUUUUUUUUAUUUAAUUUCCCCACUUGCACCAUUCGCAAUCUUCGUUUGUAUUUUUUUAUGUAUCGUGAUAUUUAAAAUCUCGACUGCCGUGUAUAGCGAGUUUAAUAAAGAUAUAAAAUUUUGUUUUUGCUGAAAGGAAAGCAAUGUUUGUUUUGGCCAAAAAGCCUCUUGAAAACUAAUUUGUUUAUAACUGCUUUUUGUGUUGAGUUUGUCCUGCUGCACCUCCGAUUAUCAUGGUUGGCUACGUACGGUGCGAAAGAAGUUCAACAUGCAUAUGUAAUGAGGGAGCGCCAUCCAGGGGGUAACGAGUACGGGCACGAUGAUGUCAUCGGGGUCCAAUCCGAGAGGAGGGGGGGAUAUGAUCGGGCUGGUGAGGCAUUGGGAACCCUCGAAGGUUCCCUGGAUGGGGUGUGGCCAGAGGCGAGGAUUUGCUCCACCAAGGGGGAUAAAAGGGAGAGCGGGGGAAGGUUCGGGGUCAGUGUGGAAGCCUGGGUUGCGUACGGCGGUGCUGCCUUCUCGCCACGGGCCACGUGGGACGGGUCUUCCCUCGGAGCUCGCCUCCGCUCCCAGCGUCGCCGUCAGCCAGCGACGAGGCCGGAGAGUGGAGUGAGCCCCCCGGGAACGCGGAGAGAGAGAGGCGCCUCGUCCACGGGUUGGGAGAGUAGAACCAUCGGGAGGGAAGUGAAGCUGUGUGGUACCGUUUUGA